UUUUUCUUCCUCAAUGGAUCCUACUCAGAUCUGACAAUAAUCAAUCAUAUUUCUUCUGGUCGGAAAUCAAAAGAUCUCCCGAUUCAAUUCGGUGGUAGAAAUCGAAAUUGAAAGCGAGAAUCAAUGGACGAUUUCUCAGACCUGUUGACCAAAAGGCCCCAAGGAAAAUCAGCUCCGAUGGCACCUCAGACAAAGGCCAAGUCAUCCGAUUCGCCGUCGUGGGUGUUUGACGAUCUGAGUCGCGAUGGUUGUGGUGAUGAUCUCCUCUUCAAGUCUAAGCAAUCAGCUAUGCCAGUGUAUGACAAGCCGGUAUACGACGAUGAGGAUGUGUUUGACGCUAUCCCUGAGCUUACGACUUCUCAAUCAGCUAGGUUUGAGAACAAUUUCUCUUCCAUCUCGUCACCUUCAAGGCACAAGAAAGAUCCCUUGGAUGAUCUGAUUGGCAGAGGAGGUUCCACCGGCUCCUCUGCUUCUGCUUUUGAUGAUCUGAUUCCUGGUUUUGGUCGCUCUAGCUCCCCUCAAACUAAACGGCCUACUUCAGAGACUAGUCAAUCUCAGACCCCUCCUCCAUAUCGGACAUCUUCCAAUCCUAUGGAAGACCCAUUUGCAGUCUUAGAGGAGAACUCUGCUUCCACAAAACCUACACAAGGGUUCACUGAUCCAUUGGAUGAAAUUGGUAAAUUCAACACCACAAAAACUGAUGAUCAUUCCCACGGUGGAGGAGUAUUUGUUGAUAUUGACCCUCUGGAUUCUCUUAUCAAUGGUAGAGACAAAACUCACUUGAGGUCAGAACAACACGCCAGUGGCUUUCAGUCACCUGUAAAAAGUUCUGGCAGUUACCAUGAUAAGAAAGUUUCUUUUGAUGAAGUUUUGGAGCCGCAUAAUGCAAGUUUUGACUCAUCUGAUGAUGUCUGGCUUACUGUUUCUGAGAUCCCUUUAUUUACGCAACCUACCACUGCUCCUCCACCUUCCAGACCUCCCCCACCAAGACCUACACGUCCUAUGAAAAACAAGGUUAAUGAGCACGUUCGUAGCCCAGCUAGAGCUUCUGCACCUACAACUCCAAUGGAUGAACUCGACGAUUUUGCUUCUGGCAGAUUUCAGACUGCUCCCAAUGAGCAGCCUCUCUAUGGUAGUGGUGGUGGUGAUGAUUCAGAUGUUUUCUCUUCUGCUUCUGCAUCUGCAUCUGCUGCUGCCAUGAAGGAUGCUAUGGACAAAGCUGAAGCCAAGUUUAGGCAUGCUAAGGAAAGGAGAGAGAAAGACAAUCUCAAGGCAAGUAGAAACAGAGAAGGCGUUGAUCCAGUGGACAACUAUGAUUCUCGGGAAAGAGAAAAUCAAGCUCGAUUGGAUCGUGAAAGGGAGGCAGAGAUGGAAAGGGAGAGAGAAAGAGAAAGGGAGAGAGAGCAGAAAAGAAUUGAGAGAGAAAGGGAACGACUGCUGGCUAGACAGGCGGUUGAGAGGGCCACUAGGGAAGCACGCGAAAGAGCUGCCACUGAGGCACGUGCCAAAGCUCAAAGAGCUGCUGUCGAAAAGGCUUCUUCUGAUGCCCGAGAACGUGCAGAAAGAGCUGCAGUUCAGAGAGCGCAUGCUGAAGCACGUGAAAGGGCAGCUGCAGGGGCAAGGGAAAGGGCUGAGAGAGCUGCAGCUGAAGCGCGGCAGAAGGAAGCAGCAAAUGCUGAAGCAAAGGUUAGGUCUGAACGAGCUGCUGUUGAAAAGGCAGCUGCUGAGGCACGAGCUAGAGCAGCUGCGCAAGCUAAAGCUAAGCAGCAAGAAGACAAUAACAAUGAUCU